UGAUUUAAUUUUGGUAUGAGCUGCAUUAAAGUUUCGUCUGAACCUUCCCUAAAAAUUUUUUUUCCUUCUUUCUUUCUUUCUUUCUUUCAGGAAAACAGACCUGUUCCUGAACCUGGUCCUAAUGAAGUGCUUUUGAAAAUGCACUCCGUGGGAAUCUGUGGGUCUGACGUCCACUACUGGCAACAUGGGCGAAUUGGAAAUUUUGUGGUGAAAUCUCCAAUGGUGCUGGGCCACGAAGCUUCAGGAACCGUUGUUAAAGUAGGGUCUUCAGUAACCGAGUUAAAGAAAGGUGAUCGGGUAGCUAUUGAGCCUGGCGUUCCUCGAGAAAUCGACGAAUUCUGCAAGAUUGGACGUUACAACCUCUCUCCGACCCUUUUCUUCUGUGCAACCCCUCCUGACGAUGGGAACUUGUGCCGAUAUUACAAACACAAUGCCAACUUUUGCUACAAACUUCCAGACAACGUCACCUUUGAGGAAGGCGCUCUUGUAGAACCUCUUUCAGUUGCAAUUCAUGCCUGUAGAAGAGCCGAGGUGACCCUGGGUAGCAAAAUCUUCAUUUGUGGUGCUGGACCCAUUGGGCUCGUGAAUUUGAUUAUUGCUAAGGCGAUGGGAGCUGCGCAAGUGGUGAUUAGCGAUUUGUCUGCUCCCCGACUGGAAAAAGCUAAAGAAAUCGGGGCUGAUUUCACCAUCCAGGUUAAAGGGCAGAGCCCUGAGGUGCUGGCCAAUAUGGUGGAAAGCUUGUUGGGUUGUAUGCCUGACAUCACCUUGGAAUGCACUGGGGCCGAAUCCUGCAUCCAGACUGGAAUCUACGCAACCCGUUCUGGCGGGACUCUAAUUUUGGUAGGUCUGGGCCCAGAAAUGGUCAACUUGCCCAUCGUGAACGCAGCGGUGCGUGAGGUGGACAUCCGUGGGAUAUUUAGAUACUGCAACACGUGGCCCAUGGCGAUCGCGAUGCUCGCAUCGAAAAAAAUCAACGUGCAGCCACUGGUAACUCACCGUUUCCCUUUGGAAAAGGCCAUGGAAGCAUUUGAGGCAACCAAGAAAGGGAUCGGGAUCAAAAUUAUGCUGAAAUGUGACCCAAAUGAUCAGAAUCCCUAAAAAAAAAAAAAAAACCAAGUCAUUGUAUCCCAUUCUACUUUCCUGUUAGGGAGAAUUAAGUCCACGGAGAAGAAAAUACAAACAAAGUGAAUCAGAGCCUUAAACUGAUGAUAAUGUCAAGCCCUCGUCAAGGAAACAAAUGCUAUGCAAAUUAUUUGGAAACUUGAACCUAAAAGAAAACCUUGAAGUCGGAUGAAUAAAUGACCUCUGUCAUGACAAGUGAAAUGUGUCAUUGGAACCAGCGCAGAACUGUAAAAUUAGGUCUCCAUGUUUAAUGUUCGGCACAGUGCAGCUCUCUGGGUCUGUGAAAGGCAUUGGGGGAGGGCAGGGUUUCCUAGGUGAGACGUCAAGGACUGAAGGUUCCAAUUUGGCAUUCUCAGGGAUGUGUGUGCUCCAUCAGGAGCCGUUCGGGAUUUGAAAGAGCGUGUCCCUCGUGAUGGUUCCGAUCCACUUCUUGCAGACUUUGAAGCUGCUACACACUUUUUCCAUCCGUUCAGAAGUUAGUAUGAAGUUCUAUCCAGACCAGUUUACAUGAAGACAUGGGUACCUACAAACUGGGAAUUUUGGAUUAUAAUCUUGUAAGAUCGUCUAAAGUGUGAAUGAAUGGCACAGAAAGUAGGGCUAUCAAUUCUCCAUCCCUUCUGAAGGAAACUUCCUUCCUUCCUUCCUUCCUUCCUUCCUUCCUUCCUUCCUUCCUUCCUUCCUUCCUUCCUUCUUUCCUUCCUUCAUUCCUUCUCUCCCUUUCCCCCUAAUCCUUCCUUUGCUCCCCCUCUAAUCAAUCCUUCCUUUCUUCCUUCCCUCCCUCUCCCCCUAAUUCUCCCUUCGCUCCCCCUCUAAUCCUUCCUUCCUUCCUUCCUUCCCUCUACCCCUAAUUCUUACUUCGCUCCCCCUCUAAUCUUUCCUUUCUUCCUUCUUUCCUUCCCUCUCUCCCUCUCCCCAUAAUCCUUCCUUUGCUCCCCCUCUAAUCCUCCCUCCCCUCUCCCUCCCUCCCUCCCCUUCCUUUUCAGAUACAAAGGUAAGGGAUGCUAGAAACCUGCUGCAGUUCCAUCCUCCUACCUCCGUAUCUCCUGGAGACUCUUGAGGUCAUGGGUUAUUAGUUACCACUAGUUCCUUGAACAAUGUCAUUACUAUACCUUUUCUAGCCCUCACUGCUUUAUGGAUGUUUAUUUGUGCAUGUAUGUGGAAAGAGAAUCCUGGUUGCUCCAUUGCUCAGUUCCUCUGCAAAUACAACUAUUGUACCGGAACAUCCUGGUUUUGUAACCCACAGGGAUGGCUUUACCCCUCGCUGUUAGAACAAGAACCAUUUCCUUGUAAAGCCAUACCCCCCCCUUGUGGGAUGUAGACAUGUGCCACAAAGACACAAAGCCACGCCUCCUUGGGGCAUGUAGACAAGUGGUCCAGGUAGAGAACUUUAAUUUGGAAGGGCAAGGUUCCUGUUGGACCAUUGGCACCAGAGGUGGGAUUUACUUACCUUCCCUACCGGUUUGCAAAUGUGAGCGUGUGCUUGCUUGCGCUCGCUUUGCUCACAUGUGCCACCUCUGCGCAUGCGCAGUAGUCACACAUUACGUCCGGGCGAGUGGGUGGAACUUCCCACGGUCGCCGCUACUGGUUCGUGCGAACCGGCUGAAUCCCACCACUGAUCGGCAGCCCUAAAGCCCAGGGUUUUCCCUAGGAGGCGAAUAUGGUAACCCCAGGGAGAACUUUCACUCACGAGGCCCUGGGGUGUUAUGUUUGUUCUUCCUUAGUUCAAAAUGACGUUACCUGAGCAAAUAAAAGGAGAAAGUAACUUAUGUUAAAGUCUGUUGAAAUGGCUCAAAGUCUUUCACGGGUCGGUGACUCUGCAAGUUGAUUCUGUGGCGUUCGGAAAUUCAAGGAAAUAAAAUGCUUUUUCCCUCCCCCUA